AUGGCUUCAACGCAGAGUGCCCAGUCCAACCUAACAUCUUCUCCACACAAUGUCGCACCACCGACACUGGACGAUAUUGAACUAUUCCAACACUCUGAUAAUGACGCUCCCCGCAACGAGGCAUCAUUUUCUCUGCCACCUACCGAUGGAGGCAAGGAUGCCUGGCUCUGCCUGUUUGGCUGUUUCAUGCUCGAGGCAAUGAUCUGGGGGUUUCCCUCGUGCUAUGGUGUGUUCCAAGAGUACUAUGCAACCAGUGAUGAGUUUGCGGGACAAAGAAACAUUGCAGUUGUGGGUGCUUGCGCAAUGGGCAUCAUGUACAUGGACAUCACUUUGUGGUUCGCUAUGCUCAAGUACUUUCCCAGAUUCCGCCGCUAUGCGACUCCGGCUGGUCUGGUCGUCGUCUGUCUUGCACUUGGCCUUGGGUCCCUGUCAACAACUGUCACCCACCUUAUUGUCACCCAGGGAAUCCUGUACGCGCUGGGCGGUGGUUUGGCAUGGACUCCCAUUCUCUUCAACAUUGAAGAGUGGUGGGUUCGUCGUCGAGGAUUCGCAUACGGGGCAACUAUGGCUGGUCUCGGAUUGAGCGGUGCCAUUCUUCCUCUAAUCCUGGAAUGGCUCCUCCAGUCCUAUGGCUUCCGAACAACCCUCAGGGUUUGCGCCCUCAGCUUUGUGGGCUUGAAUUUCCCAAUCAUCUUCUUCUUCAAGCCGCGUCUCCCUCUAUCUCAGACUUCGCAGUCUAGAAGCUUCGACUUGUCUUUCUGGACCUGCUCAAACUAUCUCAUCCUGCAGUCCGGGAAUGUCAUUCAAAGUCUUGGUUUCUUCCUUCCUGCAAUAUAUCUCCCCACUUUUGCUCGCUCCAUUGGCGCAAGCACUGUCCAAGGUACUAUAACCAUCAUACUUGUCAACGCGGCAGCAUUUGUUGGGUCUCUCUGUAUGGGCUUGGCCACGGACAAGUACCACGUGACCAACUGUCUGCUGGUCUCUGCACUCGGCUCAGCUGUGGGCAGUUUCUUAAUCUGGGGUUUCUCCACAUCAUUAGCACCCCUGUACAUCUUUUGCGUCAUCUAUGGGGCGUUUGCUGGGUGCCAGUCGAGUGCCUGGAGUGCCAUUGUUGCCGACACACAAAAGAAAAGAAGGGGUGCAGACUCGGGCUUCGUAUGGGCCUGUCUCUCCGCUGGAAAAGGCGUUGGCAACCUAUGCAGCGGUCCGCUAUCGGAAGCGUUGAUGCAUGCUGGCAAUUGGAGUGCAGGUUUUGCUUAUGGCAGCGGUUAUGGUGCAUUGAUUGCUUUUACUGGAGUGACGGCACUUUUGAGCGGAUGGGGAUAUGCGGCCAGGCGAAUUGGAUGGAUUUGA